AUGGUUCAACUUGUGGGUUCCCUCCGAAAGGAGUUGGCUGACUCCCUCUCGACGUCCAAAGUGUUAGUGGUGGGAGCGGGAGGUAUCGGCUGUGAGCUGCUCAAGAACCUCGUCCUCACUGGCUUCAAAAACAUCGAAGUGAUUGACCUGGACACAAUUGAUGUCAGCAAUUUGAAUCGCCAAUUCCUCUUUCAGAAGAAGCAUGUUGGCAAGUCUAAAGCACAGGUCGCCAAAGAGAGUGCCUUGCACUUUUGCCCCUCUGCAAAUAUCACCGCCUACCAUGACAGCAUCAUGAAUCCUGACUACAACGUGGAGUUCUUUAAAGAUUUUAUCCUGGUGAUGAACGCUCUGGAUAACCGAGCUGCUCGCAACCAUGUGAACAGGAUGUGUUUGGCGGCCGACAUCCCUCUCAUUGAGAGCGGCACAGCAGGAUACCUCGGACAGGUUACAGUAAUCAAGAAGGGAAUGACUGAGUGUUACGAGUGCCAACCUAAACCUGCCCAGAAGACCUUCCCAGGUUGCACUAUAAGAAAUACACCAUCUGAACCCAUUCACUGCAUUGUCUGGGCAAAGUAUCUCUUCAACCAGCUGUUUGGAGAGGAGGAUGCUGAUCAAGAUGUGUCUCCCGACACAGCCGAUCCAGAGGCUUCAUGGAACCCUGAAGAAACGGCAGCUCGUGCCACGGCCGCAGAAAUGGAUGGAGAUGUCAAGCGCGUCUCUACCAAGCAGUGGGCACGCCGCAAUAAAUAUGAUGCUAUCAAACUCUUCAACAAGCUUUUCAAAGAUGACAUUAUGUACUUGUUAACAAUGGACAAGCUGUGGAAGAAGAGGAAAGCUCCUACGCCACUGGACUGGCAGCAGCUGGAGAACGCUGGGUGCCCUCGGGAGGAGUCUCCGGGUUCAGGUUUAAAGGACCAGCAGGUUCUCGGUGUUUGGGGCUACUGUAAGCUAUUCCGAGAAAGCGUGGAGACCCUCCACUCACUGUUGGCUGAGAAAGGAGACGGUGCAGAGCUCGUCUGGGAUAAGGAUGAUCCUCCUUCCAUGGAUUUUGUUACUGCAGCAGCAAACCUCCGAAUGUACAUCUUCAGCAUGAACAUGAAGAGUCGCUUCGAUGUCAAGUCCAUGGCAGGUAACAUAAUCCCGGCCAUUGCCACAACCAAUGCUGUCAUCGCCGGACUCAUUGUGCUGGAGGCACUCAAGAUUCUGGCAGGGGAAAUGGAAUCCUGCCGCACGAUCUUCUUGAACAAGUGUCCUAACCUCAGGAAGAAGUUGCUAGUUCCAUGCAUCUUGGACCCACCUGGGGCCAACUGUUACGUGUGUGCCAACAAGCCUGAAGUGACUGUCAAAGUUAACGUCCACAAAACAAUGGUUCUCUCUCUACAAGACAAGAUUCUAAAGGAGCGGUUCGGCAUGGUAGCGCCAGAUGUUCAGAUAGAAGAUGGAAAAGGGACAAUACUCAUCUCCUCAGAGGAAGGAGAGACUGAAGACAACAACAGCAAAUUUCUUUCUGACUUUGGGAUUCGGAAUGGCAGUCGACUACAAGCUGAUGACUUCCUCCAAGACUACACACUCCUCAUUAAUGUGUUGCACAGUGAAGAUCUCGAGAGGGAUGUAGAAUUUGAAGUGGUUGGUGAAGCUCCAGACAAAGCACCCCCACCCCAAAACAACCAGGGAGAGGUGCACAACAUCGCCAACGGCAAUAAUGAUUCGGCCCAGCCGUCUACCUCCUCUAAAGUCCCAGCAGAGGACGAUGACGUUAUGGUUGUGGACUCUGAUGAUGGUGCUGAUGCUGAGGCAUCGUCCAGCUCUGCAGCAGUCACAAGCACCACCAAGAGGAAGCAUGCAAACGCAGAACCUGGCGAAACUCCCACCAAGCGCCCACGGACAGACCAGUCAAGUGCAGAAGCAGACCAUGAUGAUAAUGAUGAUGACAUCAUCACUUUGGACUAAGCUCUCCUCUCGGUUCCUGGAGGAUCACGAACUACUACAAUUUUGUAUCAAGGCAGACAGUAAACUUAAACACCUUUUACAAAGAGCAAUUCUCAGCUUUUGUUUUGUUUCCUUCCUCCAGGCAGUUUUCAUACUCUCCCUGGUAUUAUCAGAUGAUUUUGUAAAUACAUUCUUAAAAUAUUUGGCUUUUUGUUAUCGUUUGUUUCUAGUAACUAUAAAACAACAUGAUAUUCAAACAAAAAACUAAAUAUGUUUUUUUUUUUUUGUAUUUCUUGAGAUGUCAAUUCUAUUUCUCAUGCUAUUUAGGUCGGGUUAUGUGCGUUGUCAACAGACAAAAGGAAUACUGUUUGAACCAAAACCAUUUUCUUUAUAUGUAAUAUUUAAUGUUAUGAUGGGAGAAAAACAGACUUGGUGGUGUUUUUAACGGAAGCGUAAAGAAAGACAA